AUGCCUGCACAAAUCCAAUGCCGGCGUUCAAAUCUCCCGAAAACGUGGCAUAUUGUUACUCUAGCACCGGGCUUCGAUGCAAGUCAGCUUGAUUUUCCAAUCCGCGUUGCCACCGAUGACAACAGGGACAGGAUCCACAUUUCCUCACAAGAGGAACUCAACACCCUUCUCGCCAGGCAUCGGGAUAAUGAAUUCCAAAAAUCCUCUACACUGGCUUCGUCGCCACAACGAAGCGACAGUGUGGUUGGGUCGUUGAGACUGAACCCUCAACUAUACCGCACCGACAUAGAUAGUAUCAGUAUCAUCUAUUCCUCCAACUCCUCCGCCUCGUCCGAAACUUCGGCAAGUGAAGAGUAUGAUACCCGAUUAUCCGAGCAUUUUGUCAAUGGAGAAAUCGUAUGCACAGGUGGCCUUACUCUUGAGGCUCGAGAUUUGACGCAGAUUGAAAAUGAGGCUCGAGAUUUGGUGUUUAGCCGUGGACGUUCUGUGAGUAUGGCUGUGAGGAGAAGGUACAGGAAGAAGACUACUGGGGUGCAGAAGGUGAAGAAGUUUGUAUCCAGUUUCUUCAAACAUCUUGGUAGUUUGCGUUACAAUGCAUAG